CAACAUGGCGGACCUGGAGGCCGUGCUGGCCGAUGUCAGCUACCUGAUGGCCAUGGAGAAGAGCAAGGCCACGCCGGCAGCCCGCGCCAGCAAGAAGAUCGUGCUGCCCGAGCCCAGCAUCCGGAACGUGAUGCAGAAGUAUCUCGAGGAGAGAAAUGAGAUAACCUUCGACAAGAUUUUCAAUCAGAGAAUCGGUUUCUUGCUAUUUAAAGAUUUUUGUUUGAAUGAAAUUAAUGAAGCUGUCCCUCAGGUGAAGUUUUAUGAAGAGAUCAAAGAGUACGAGAAGCUGGACAACGAGGAGGACCGCCUGUGCAGGAGCCGGCAGAUCUACGACACCUACGUCAUGAAGGAGCUGCUGUCCUGUUCCCACCCAUUCUCCAAGCAAGCUGUGGAACACGUACAGAGUCAUCUGUCCAGGAAGCAAGUGACAUCGACACUCUUUCAGCCAUACAUAGAAGAGAUCUGCGAAAGUCUUCGAGGCGACAUUUUUCAAAAAUUUCUGGAAAGCGACAAAUUCACUAGAUUUUGUCAGUGGAAAAACGUAGAAUUAAAUAUUCAUUUGACCAUGAACGACUUCAGUGUACAUAGGAUCAUCGGACGGGGAGGAUUUGGGGAAGUGUACGGUUGCAGGAAAGCGGACACUGGAAAAAUGUACGCCAUGAAAUGCCUGGAUAAGAAGCGCAUCAAGAUGAAGCAAGGAGAGACGCUGGCCCUGAAUGAGCGAAUCAUGCUGUCCCUCGUCAGUACAGGAGACUGCCCUUUCAUCGUGUGCAUGACCUACGCCUUCCACACCCCGGAUAAGCUCUGCUUCAUCCUCGACCUCAUGAACGGGGGCGACCUGCACUAUCACCUUUCCCAGCACGGGGUGUUCUCUGAGAAGGAGAUGCGCUUCUACGCCACGGAAAUCAUCCUGGGGCUGGAGCACAUGCACAGCCGGUUCGUCGUGUACAGGGACCUGAAGCCUGCAAAUAUCCUCCUGGACGAACACGGACACGUGAGGAUAUCAGAUCUUGGUCUCGCCUGUGAUUUUUCAAAAAAGAAGCCUCAUGCGAGUGUGGGCACCCAUGGGUACAUGGCUCCYGAGGUGCUGCAGAAGGGGACAGCCUACGACAGCAGCGCAGACUGGUUCUCCCUGGGCUGCAUGCUCUUCAAACUCCUGAGAGGCCACAGCCCUUUCAGACAACAUAAAACCAAAGAUAAGCAUGAGAUAGACCGGAUGACCCUCACCAUGAACGUGGAGCUCCCGGACACCUUCUCCCCUGACCUCAAGUCCCUCCUGGAGGGCCUGCUGCAGCGGGAAGUGAGCCAGCGGCUGGGCUGUCGCGGAGGCGGAGCCCAGGAGGUGAAAGGACAUGGCUUCUUCAAGGGCAUCGACUGGCAGCACGUCUACCUGCAGAAGUACCCACCACCCCUCAUCCCUCCCCGGGGAGAGGUCAAUGCUGCGGAUGCCUUCGACAUUGGCUCUUUUGAUGAAGAGGACACCAAAGGUAUUAAGCUGCUCGACUGCGACCAGGAGCUCUACAGGAACUUCCCCUURGUCAUCUCCGAGCGCUGGCAGCAGGAAGUCACAGAAACCGUCUACGAAGCCGUCAAYGCCGACACGGACAAGGCGGAGGCCAGGAAGAGGGCCAAGAACAAGCAGCUGGGCCACGAGGAAGAUUACGCGCUGGGCAAGGACUGCCUCCUGCACGGCUACAUGCUGAAGCUGGGCAACCCGUUCCUCACACAGUGGCAGCGCCGCUACUUCUACCUCUUUCCCAACCGACUCGAGUGGAGGGGAGAAGGCGAGUCCCGGCAAAAUCUACUGACCAUGGAACAAAUCCUCUCUGUGGAAGAAACUCAGAUUAAAGACAAAAAGUGCAUCUUGUUCAGAAUAAAAGGAGGGAAACAGUUUGUCCUGCAGUGUGAGAGCGACCCGGAGUUCGCGCAGUGGAAGAAGGAGCUGACCGAGACCUUCACCGAGGCCCAGCGGCUGCUGCGCCGUGCACCCAAGUUCCUCAACAGGCCUCGGGCCAGCCUGGUGGAGCUCUCCAAGCCCCCGCUGUGCCACAGAAGCAGCAAUGGCCUGUAGCGCGAGAGCGGGAGAGACAAGGGCCUCCGGGAGGCCACACCGGCUCUCCACGUGGGGCGGAGCCUGGGGUCUGUGCGGACAUACCAGGCUGUGGCGGAGGUGUCGGGCGCUGGGACCUUUCAUCCGCCGCCAGGAGGCCCCAGGCGGGCGCCAGAUGCCCCCAAAGGGAGUUGGACCUCUCCAAGCGCGGCUGACCCUGCGCCACCAAGUGGUGCUGGCCCGCACUGGAGACUACUGAGGACACAAGCUCCCUUUCUUUGCUAGACAACUUAUUUUGGUACCUCCAAGCUGGAACUGAAACAUCCCUACUCGGCACUUACUUUUCAGUCUGAUGUCAGACAUCUCAGACUUCCCCGGGGGCCCUGGAGGUCCGCAGUCCUGGGGUCAUUUGCGAGCUGAGCAGAUCACUUCUGGAAGGUCUGCUCUGCCCUGUGGUGGCCGGGCUCUGCUGUCGGAGAUGCUGGCUCCAAUGUCCCAGGGCCGGGGUAGGGGGCUGCGGAGCGCGUCCCUGCGCACUGGAGAACCGGCCCCAGACGCUCCUGCUCCAGGGGCCGUGGGCAGGUGGGGGUGGCAAAUGGGGUUCACUUGCCAGCCCCCCGAGGGUCCCUGGUGUUCCCAGGGAGAGUAGUGAGGUGUCAGACUGGGGACCAGGGCAGCAGUGGGACACCUCUGGGUGCCCAGGUCACAAGCACCCUGGCUACAGCUGGCUUGGAGUCCACCCUGAGCCCCUGUAGGACACCGUGGUUCUGGAACCUUCUGCCUGACCCUGAGAAGUGGUCAGCCGUGAUGUGUAAGAGGAGGAAGGGAAUCCCGCUGCUUCACCUUGAGCGUAAUUUGAGAUGAUUUUUAUUUGAAAAAAUGCUGAGGAACAAGCAUGGGAGGUGGCUGUUUUGGGACUCUCUUGUCCCAUGGUGGUGGGUCCCUCUGCACUGACCUCUCUGGGUUGGGGCCCACCGUCCAGCAGCAAGGACCCAGCAGCCUCCUCCCCACCCCUCCAUGCCUGUUGACGCCCCCAAUAAAUGCUGGUGACAGAACCAGCAAAGUCCCCCAGGCCAUCAGGCUACAAAGUCCUUUCCAAAGUCUACACAUUCAUCAGUUCCUGGGUAGUUUUACUGUAUGUCUUAACUUAAUUACUAACAAUAUAAAUAACUUGUCGUCUUGACCUCUUGUAUCCUGUCCUUGAUAUUUUUAUUGGUUCCAAACCUUUGUUUUUACCUCUCCGUGCCGCAGGCCCUGGGAAGGUCAGGGCUUCCUACCACGAGGUCAUUUGCGAGCUGAGCAGAUCACUUCUGGAAGGUCUGCUCUGCGCCUGGGGGACCUGGGCCAGCAGUUUGGGGUUUUUAUCCACCUGGGCUCCGGGCGGGGGUUUCAGGUGGCACAGGUGGCUGUCUGCUGCUGGCAGGGUGGAGGAGGGUGCCACACACCCCACCGCCCUCCUUGAGAGGGUAGAAGAGCCCCGGA